AUGAACCGAACGAAAUCCUUCGCAGGAUGCUGGACGUGCCGAAACAGAAAGAUCAAAUGCGAUCUGCGCAGACCCACUUGCCAACGGUGCGAGAAGGCCAAGCUGGAGUGCGAAGGAUACUCCAUCAAGCUGAGAUGGGCCCGGACCGGCAAGGAGGGCGAGGACGGAGAGGAGGAGAUCUUUCGCCGCCGCAACGUGGACUUUGUCGAGUACCCGCCAGAAAUGACGUUUGAAACGUACCGCGAGAUGGACAUCACUCUGCAAAAACUCCACGCGCCAAAGUUCCAGGCUGACGAGACCAUGGUUCUGGGACCCUUUGGCGUCUUCUCGGGAUUUAAACGAAGACGCGUGGAGCUCCCACAGUCGCAGAACCAGCAGCCACAGAUCAACUCCAUUACCCCAAAGCAUACGCCUCCUCAGAUGGCCCAGGGACUGUCGCCAAACAAACAACAGCAGCAGCAACAGCAGCAGCAGCAACAGCAGCAGCAGCAGCAGCAACAGCAACAACAACUACAACACCCUUCACAAUCUCCGCAUUCGCAUAACAACCAAGUAACACAAUCUCCGCAUCAUGUCCACUCACCACAUGUGCCGUCUCCGCACGUGCAACCACCACACAUCUCGCCUGAGAACUUGCACGCCGACCUGGACCUCGACAUUCUCAUGAACAACCUGCCCGUGCACCCGCCCCAGAUUCUGCCACUUACUUACUUCAUAGACCCUAAUCUGGAGAUGCAUGCUGACCACGACAAUGAACCGCAGCCAGACUCGUCGCCAGCAGGAGGAAUCAUCCACAGAAACAUUGAACAGAUGGAGGAGAACGAGGUGAACACAAUUUUCACAAUUGUCCAGAAUGACCUGGCGGGAACUGCAUUCCCCAAACUCCCGGCGUCCGAACUCCAAUUCUCAGACACACAGCUGCAAUUCAGCUCGCAGUCCAGAUACCUCCUGCACCACUACAUCACAUCUGUGUCGCAAACCAUGACCGUGGUGGGCCAUCCGAGAAACCCCUGGAUGCAAAUCUUCGUGCCCAGGGCCAUUUCGGCUAUUGGAGACCUGGUUGCUACGGGAUACACCACCAACUCCAGAAACGCGCUCCUGCAUGCCCUACUAGCCAUCUCCGCAUACAACCUGCAAUCCAAGUACCCCAAGAAUUCGCUGAACCGAAAGCAUUACUCGGAACUAGGUCUCAAGCUGAAAUCCGAAGCAUACAAACUGUUGUGGCCCUGCUUCACAGAAGAUAUCAGUGACCAAAAGUACAAAGACGUACUGGUGUCUAUUCUGUCAAUGGUUCCUAUUGAUGUGGUAUCUGGAAGCAUGUCUGAUUGCAGAGUGCAUCUUUUGGCAUGUCAAAAGUUCAUUGAGAUGCGUCUUUCUUCGCGAAGAGAUAUAUCUCCAAAGGCUGCCACUUUGCAUCGAAUUUUUUGUUUCCUUCGAUUGCUUCAGGAGUCUACGGUCUUCACAGAUCUCAUGGAAAUCGACGACGAGGAGCUAAACGAAGUCAUUACGGAUGAUCAGGAUAUAGACACUAUUCUGACUGGUGCUGACGGCUCAAAAAUGUCCGACAAAAAGCGUCUCAAGUUCUCAGAUGCUGGUGGAGGUAUUUUCCAGAAGGAAAAGGACCCCAAGAAGCUCGGAAAGGACGACAGAAAGAACUCCCACGAAGGCUACUUUGACACUCCCAUUAAGAAGUCUCUCAAGGGCUCUCCUAAUGCUCCUGUUCCUGGAACUCAGCGUCUCAAAAUUUCAGAAUACUGGCUUGGACAGCCUGAUCUGGCUCCAUGCUCCGAUUCGUUCGAUCUGAGCUCCAUUCUAGCCAUGUAUGGUCUUCCGGACUCUCUGCAGGCCCUUUUGUCUCGAACGACAGCUCUAGCCAAGCGAUGCAUCAGUUUUAGACAGAAAAAGGGCACAAACUAUGAGUCUGAGCAGAUCCGUGUGCUCGAGCAGGAUCUGUUGCAGUGGAGAUUCGAGAAGAGCAAGAUUGCGAUACCCAGCUUCAACGACAACCGAAAGGCAGUAUUGCAUUACCACUGCAUUUCGUUCCAUGGAGCUCUGGUCAUCUACUUUUACCGCCUUGUUCUGGGCUGGCCUGCGUCCUCUUUGCAGGACAGAGUCAAGUAUCUGAUGCACAUUCUGCUGGAGAUGCAAAAUUUCAAGUCUAAAGUGUCUGUAAUUUCCACUCCUCUCUUGUGGGCCGGUUUUGUGGGUGCCUGUGAAGCUCUGACGGAGGAUACUCGACAGGGCUACACCAAGUACAUUCAGGAUCUGGCUGAAUGUGGAAUGGGAACUUACUACGUUCCCCGUAACGUCAUCACCGAGGCCUGGAGGCUGCAGGAUAAGGGAGAGGAGAGCAACUGGUGGGACAUUGUCCGUGAUUGGGAAGCCCACUUGCUUUUGUCUUGA